AACGACAAAAAAUGUCAUAGCUGUGGUUCAGCUUUUCUGGAUAGUGUGAAACCGCUGACUGAUAUCUUUUCAUUAUCUUUUGAUAUCUUUUUGUUAUCUUUCCACGUGAAAAUGUAUUGAUUGUAAAGGAAAAUUCCUGUUUAAUCAUUCCUGGGUUGAAUCAACCUUCAUCAAAACGAACAAAUCCUAUAUCAGAUGGAGCCACUAAGGUAAAUCAUCAUCAAGUUUUCAUAACAGGCUUGAGACGUUACGUAACCCGACACAUUUGCCGCUAGGGUAACAAGAAUAUACGUUUAACACAAAAAUAACACAAGGUGUUUCCUGCUGACAUAAUCUAGCUUUUGUUUUUGCCUUGUCUCACUUCAUGCAUCACCAGUCAGAUUUCCUGUCGUCAAUUACAGAAGCUGUUCAAAAGUUGAUCCGUAGCUUGUCGUGUUGGUCAUGUUCAAGCCACGUGCAACAUCUUCUCCGGGAUGCAUCAUUACACGUGUUUCGUGGUGAGCAGUACUUGCCUAAGGGAGUUUAUAUUGAAGUGAUUGCGCCAAAAAGGACAGAAAAAAAAAGAAGACCUAGGGUAAUUGAGAUAUUUGACUCUGUGGGACUGAGUAGGCAAAGAAUUUGAAUUUGUGACCACAUGACCGCCGAUGCUUGUCUACGAAUAGCUACAGUUUUGAACCUUUCACAAAAAUUAAACGUCCACUGAGAGCUUUAUUAGCAUUAUAUCAAUUAUUGAUGUUCAAUUUCGUGGUUUCUAACAUUAACAUUAUCGCGGGACAAUUGUACACUGUUUCUUUGAUUUCUAAAUACCACAUAUAGAAACACCCUUUGAGAUACUUUGUCUCUUACGCGGUUAUGUAAUUAUCUUCGAAUUUAAAAUCUUCGCGACUAACAAAUUUCGCGCAUUACGCGAUUACGGAAAAAAAAAUGAUGCGAAAAUCAGGAAUGCGAGAUCAAGUGAUGCGGAAAAGGCAGAUUCUUUCCCGUGCAGUUCAAAGGUGUAUCAAAAUGUCUUAUCCAAACUUACAUUAAGUCCUAGCUCGUAACGGCAAAGCUGAAUCCAGUUUUAGGUAAUGACUGGAUUUGAACACUUGUUAAAACUGGUGCGGGUACAACGAAAAGUUCUCAUUGAAUUGGGUCGAUGGGCUGGUGGUGCCUUAUAUGAUGGUCAAAUAUAUAUCUAUUCUUGUGAUAAGUCAAUCUUUUAAUUUGUCAAAAAGAGAGUUUUAAAUAACCAAGAUUUGGACGGUCCUCCUAUUGAUACGAAUAAUCAGAAAUUUUGAUGACAAAAUUGCAGGCGUUAUAAAAACAUUGGUAAGGCAUUAUCACGUUUUUUUAACUGAAUGAUGCAUUGCGCCUUGUGUGGGAAAACCUGUUUGAUCGAGAAUAACCUGUUUUGAUGCGUCAAUCAUCCAUUGUUAUUUGCCUUGCUUUUGCUUUUGAAUUGAUGCACCCAGCCCCAGCAUAAUCAGUUGAGCUAGUCAGUAACAGUGUGAACUACUACAGCUUACGAGUCUUUGAAUUCUUUUUUACACGAAAGUCUUCCUGCGAGCUCUACAUGGCUUCAUCUAAGCUAAAGUCAGACGUCACCGUGGAUUACAUAUCGAAGCACUGCCCAGCAUUUUUCGGUGGUGGCUGCCCAUAUGCCAAGCUUGCCCAAGAAAAGAAAGGCGUCUGUGCCAAAUGUCCUCCUUUCAACAAUGGCUGCCCCUUCAAACAAUGCAAGACCGUGGGUGAGCUUCAAGACAUGAUGGGUCAGAUGCGUGAUCAGUCCAAAGGUGAAGCUCAAUGGAUCGAGUUUUUGAAGGAUGUCCACUUUCUUACUAAGGAAAAACACGUAGAGUAUGGAACUGUCUCCCCUCAAAGCUCCUUCAAGGGUGGCUGCCCCUUUGCCAAAGAUGCUGCAGGAAGGGAGAUUUUGAAACCUGCAUACACUGUGUGUCCAUAUUCUUUGACGGUUGAGGAGAUCGUCAAGAAGUGCCCAGUUUUUGGCAAAGGUGUGUGCCCUUAUAAAGCUCUUGCUGAUGAAAUGAAAGGAAUCGCCGGAAACUGCCCUGGUUUCAAACACGGAUGUCCAUUCAAGAACCUGAAAACUAUGGGUGAGUACGUGGGCAAACUGGCCGAAAUGCGAGAUAAGACAGCCACUCCUAAGGGUCGAGCUGCAUUCGAGAAGCUGAUGAAGAGGGUUCAUGAGAUCUCCAAGGAGGCUGAGAAGAAGGCUGGACCUUGGCCAUUCCCUCCAGAUACCUGCCCAAUCUUUGCCCGUGAUGCCCAUGGAAAGUGCAUCAUGCCAAAAUACAAUUAGGCUUCCUCAGAGUGGAAGGAGAAGGAUCUGAGCCAACUAGCGUAUAUGUAGUUUUUUUGCAGAAAUGACUUUUAGUUCCAUUUUGGUGUCUUGUUUAAGAGUAGGUUUUUAGGUCAGUCAGUUUCCUCUCGAUAUUUUAACUUUUUUAUAUUUUGGGAUCUUUAUUGGUUGGGCAAGAAGCCUCGGUACAUAAUGAGAUGAUGAGAUAGGUAUGAAAUUAUCUAUGGAGAGCUCCCGCUCAUUCAGCCGGGCUGUGAUGACCCUAUUCCUUAGAGUAGUGUGUGUAGAACUGCCUGAGCAAGUGAUGCUACUUUGUAGUAUUUUGCUAUAUGUGCUCCUUGCUACUGAUGUUUCGGUGUUGGGCUUUUUCCGGAGAGGGUUUUUAAUUAUUUAGCCAUAAAUAGCUCCCCUCCCUGUUUUCAAAGUGUUUAUCCUAUGACGAGAUUAACGCAGGGACUUUCAGGUCAUUCUUUGGUCAUAAUUGCAUCCGAUCAUGUGCUUAAGCGCAGCUUCAACGCUGUAACAUUAUUCAACCUUUUCGUAAAAGAAUAAGAAUAAAACUCUUAU